GCUUUCCACCUAAAUAUUGCAUCCCUUUCUCUCCAUUUUGAUGAACUAAAGCUUCUACUCGGCCAACUUGGGUUUGACUUCAGUAUCAUUGGUAUUACUGAGACUAAAUUAUCCAGUCAUAAUAUCUCUGAAAACCUCUCCUUAUUUGAUUAUUCCAUUGAACAUACUGUUUCUGAUUCUGAUAAAGGAGGUGCACUUUUGUAUAUUUCAUCCUCACUUAAUUAUACUUGUCGUAACGAACUAAAUCAACUUGUAUUCAAAAGCAAAGAACUUGAAUCUGUUUUUGUGGAGAUAUCUCAAAACAAGGGCAGGAAUGUAGUUGUUGGGUGCAUCUACAGACAUCCUAGCAUGUCAGUGGAUGAAUUCAAUACACUAUAUUUGUCCCCUUUAUUAGAAACUGUAUCCAAAGAAAAGAAAAUGUUGAUUCUUUUAGGGGACUUUAACAUCAACUUAUUAAAUUGUAACCUUGAUAAAUCUGUUGAAAAUUUCUUAGAUAUAACGUCCUCUUUCUCCUUGCUUCCUCAUAUAACUCUUCCUACUAGAAUAACUAAUUCCUCCAGCACCCUUAUAGAUAACAUAUUCUCUAAUACACCUAACUUUGACAACAUGUCUGGUAAUAUUUGUACUGCAAUCUCUGACCACAUGCCUCAGUUUUUAAUCUUCCAAAAGAAAGCUGUAAUCUGCCCACCUGAGAAUGAUGCCAUGGUCAGAGAUUGGAAAAAACUUGAUCAUGAAAAUUUUAUCCUCAAAAUUAUUGAUACUAAUUGGGAACAGGCCCUUGAAAUUGAAUCUGAUGAUGUAAAUAUCUCCUUUGAUAAAUUCAUCAACAGGUUGGAUGGCCUUCUGGAUCAGCAUGUGCCCACAAGGUUAUUGACAAGGCGUCAAAAAAAGCGUGAUUCCAAUCCUUGGAUCACUAAAGGUAUCAUUAAGUCUAUUCAGCAACGUGAUCGCCUUUAUAAAUCCCUUAUAAAGGCUAAAGAUCCUUUGAUUAAAUCUGCUCUUAAUGAUCAAUAUAAGCAGUAUCGUAACUUAAUCGUAUCCUUGUGUAGGCGGAGUAAGAAAAUGUUUUAUGCUUCCUAUUUCAACAAUAACCUUGUAAAUAUUUAUAAGGUAUGGAAAGGCAUCAAUUCUAUUAUAUCUACUAAACAAUCCAAGCCAUCCUUUCCUAACUGUUUAAACCUUGACAAUGGUGACUGAUCCUUCUGUAAUAUCCAAUGUUUUUAAUGAUUAUUUUUCUUCUAUUGCUGAUACUAUUCGAUCCAAGAUUACUUUUUCUUCGAAACACUUUUGCCAGUUCCUUCAUAACAGAAAUCCUGCAUCUAUUUUUCUUUCUCCAACGGACACUGAUGAAUUAACCUCCUGCAUUGCAUCAUUAAACAGCAAAAAAGCAUCAGGUCCCUUCAGUAUUCCUAGUUCAGUGCUAUCUCUUCUGAAAUCUGAAUUUGCCAAACCUCCUGAUUAAUCUCUCUUUCUCUUCGGGUGUAUUUCCAUCCAAUUUAAAAAUUGCAAAAGUUAUUCCUGUUUUUAAAAAAGGGUCCAAACUUGAUUGUACAAAUUAUAGACCAAUCUCUCUACUAUCUAAUAUUGACAAAAUCUUUAAAAGAACUGAUCUACAAACAUGUAUAUCAGUUUUUAUCACAACACCGAAUUUUGUACUUUCAACAAUUUGGAUUCAGACAAAAACACUCCACUGCACAAGCUCUUCAAAAUAUAUGCCAAAAAAUAAUGGAUGCCCUUGUUAAUAGCCAGUUUGCUUGUGGUGUUUUUGUUGAUCUCCAGAAGGCCUUUGACACUGUUGAUCACAAAAUUCUCCUGAAAAAACUUUUUCAUUAUGGUAUCAAAGGAACUCCUCUUAAUCUGUUUCGUUCUUAUUUAUCUAGCAGACAACAAUUUGUAUCAAUUAAUGGAACUGAAUCUGAGUACAAAGUUGUUAGACAUGGUGUGCCACAAGGAUCUGUUUUAGGCCCUCUUCUCUUUCUUAUUUAUAUAAAUGAUUUAAAUUGUGCCAUAAAAUUUUCAAGAAACUCUUCCCCAGUAACUGCAUUAAGUACCUUGGUAUUCUCUUAGAUUCUGAUCUUAACUGGAAAUCUCAGAUCAAUGCGAUUGCGAUUAAACUCAAGAGGGCUAAUGGAGCUAUAGCUAAACUCCGACACCUUGUUCCACAAAGUGUUCUGAAAACUGUGUACCAUGCUAUCUUUAGUAGCCAUCUUCGUUACUGCAAUGAAAUUUGGGGCCAACCUGGUCAUCACUAUAUUGAUCGUAUUUACUGUUUACAACGUUGUGCAGUUAGACUAGUUUCUUUUGCGCAAUGCAGAAUGACUUCUACCCCUCUUUUCGCUAAUCUUAAUAUUUUAAAACUUGCUGAUUUGGUCCACAUGAAAAAUUUAAUUUUUCUGUACAAUUUAUAUCACGGAAAACUCCCAGAGGCACUUCUUGAUGCUUACAAAGUUGACUUUUCCCACUCUUAUCGGACUCGAGGAUCUAUUCUUGGUUUGAUAAAUCCCCGCACUGUGUUAACUAAAUCCUUCGGCUUGACCCCUAUUCGAAGUCAGUCCAUUUAUUCAUGCAAUUUUGUACAAAACUCCUUUCCUUCAACUCAACUAGUCUCUCUCACCUCUCCUAAACUAACUUCUUCUCUGAUCCAGUUCUUUUUCUCAUUGUACUGCUGAGUUUGUCAUCAUUUGUUUUUUUUUUAAUAUGUUACUGCGUUUUGCAUAGGUUUUUGUUUGUUUUUUUGUUUUGUUUUUGUAUAUUAAGGGUGGCCAGCAUCUUGUCAUAGCUGUAGGCUAAUAAUGCUGGUCUCCUUACAGUGAUUUUCUUCAUAAAUUUGAUAUUUAUUUGACUUUUACCUCACGUAUGCUAUUACUGUAGAAUAAAUACUUCUUCUUCUUCUUCUGUACACACACACACACACAUCUCUCGAUCUCCCAUGUUCCACCAAACAAUGGUAUUUUUUUGCAUUUCCUGGUACUAUGCCUGUGUUCAAAAGCAAUCUUUUUGGUUGAACCCUACCUGCCUUUGUAAUACCUUUGUGAUCCUUUCAUGGAUGCUGUUACAAAUCCACAAACUUUAUUGAUGUGACAAACGUGUUAAAAAAAAUAGGAAAUUUGUGACAUUGUUACCAGUUUGACUUUCAAGUUCCAUAUAGAAGUGCAAAUUCCUGGUUUACGCUUAUCCCAAGUAAACAUUUGUAAAUAAUAAUAAUAUAUAUUUCACAGACCCCGAAUCUAAAAACAAAAAAUCUUAUCAAUAUGUGGAGGGGGUGUUGGAAGAAGUGUUACUUGCAGGAUAGGUUCUGCUUGGAAAAAGUUCAGAGAGUUACUUCCUUUGUUGAUUAGCAGAGUCUUGUCAAUUGAGGUAGAAGGUAGGUUGUAUGAGGCCUGUGCAAGAAGUGUUAUGUUGUACGGUAGUGAGACAUGACAGUGAAGCAGGAAGAUCUUGACCGUUUAGAAAGGAAUGAUAUGAGAAUGCUUAGAUGGAUGUGUAACGCCAGUCUGAGAGACAGAAAGAGUUCAGAUGAGCUUAGAAGCAGGGUAAGUAUCUGUAGAAUUAAAAAUGUUAUCCAGAUAAGAAGAUUGAAUUGGCUGGGGCACUUGGAAAGAAUGGAGGAGGAUAAUUGGGUAAGAAAGUGUAGAGACUUAAUAGUUCCUGGGGCAAAGCCCAGAGGCAGACUGAGAAAGACUUGGCAGGAGGUUAUAAGGACAGACUUGAUACAGAGAAAGUUGAGUUUAGAUUUAACACAGUCUAGAUCAGAUUGGAAGAGGGU